AUGCAGGAGCAGCAUAUGCAGCAAAUAGAGAUUAUGAAAGGAGUUCUAGCAGAAAGAGAAGGGAAUAGUCCUCAUUUAAAAAUAUCACCAUAUCAAGAAACAGAGGAUAUCCAAGACUUCAUUGAAGCAUUCGAAGGUAUUAUGAAGAUACAAGGGGUGAAUCGGACAAAUUGGAUUCUACGUCUGACACCGUUACUAAGUGGCAAGGCUAGAACUGUUUGUACUGAUCUGGGAACUACUACUGAUUAUGAUGGAGUCAAGAAAGCUAUUUUGGAGCAUUAUAACAUCAACACAGAGAGGUGUAGAAGAAAGUUCAGGAGUCAUGUUUGGACAAGAGAUCAAGACCCAACUGAUUGGAUAGCUAGAGGAGUCAAACUGGUGAAGAGAUGGUUAGUACCAGAGAAUGGAAUGGAACAGGUAGUUAACAAGAUUGCAGUAGAGCAGCUUUUAAAUGGGUUACCACAAGAGAUGAGAAUCUGGGUAACUUCUCAGAACCCAGAGACACCAGAGAAAGUUGGAGAGCUUAUCGAAUCUUAUGAUACAGCUCAUAGUUGUUUACCACAGAGGAAUAGACCAAAGCAGGAUCAUGGUCGGUCAAAGGAGUUCCCAAGGAAGACUGAAGGAUCUACUGGAAACAAGAAGGAGAGAAAGUCACCUUCAGAGAUUACCUGUUACAAGUGUAAUCGCAAGGGGCAUAUAGCAAGAAAUUGUACGGAGAAAACUCUACGAGCCAAAGAGAAUGCAGAGGAAGCCAUUUGGCAUGGAGAAGGAAAGAUCAAUGGACACAAUGUGAAGCGAAUUCAGAUAGACAGCGGAGCAUCAAGGACUGUGGUUGAUAGGAAGUUUGUAGCAUUGAAAGACAUAGAGAAGGAGACGAUUGGAGUUACUUUUGGGAAUGGAACUUAUGGGGAGUAUCCACUAGCAUCAGUUCGGAUAACAUUUGAUGGAGAGGAUUACCAGGUGAAAGCAGCAGUAGUACAAGGACUAGCAGAAGAUGUGCUGUUGGGAAGGGAUGUACCACUACACAAACAUAUGGCAAAGCGAUUACCAAAAUCAGAACAGAUAGAGCUACUGAAACAACUGGCUAAAGAGCAUCAGAUUGAUAUUGGAGAGAUUAAAGAGUCAGAAGAUGAAUCAGCAUUAGCAGUGAUGACAAGAGCUCAGAGAAGACAGAUUCAAGUUGAUACGGAGCAGCAUUCAGAAGAGCAUCAGCCAUUACCCGAAAGAUCAGAGGAGCAAAGUGAAGCCAUGGAGCAAGAGACAAGAGAAGAGAGUGAACUGGAGGAGACAAUACUGGAAGAUGAAGAUCUAGGAGUACAGUUUCCAUUUGAGGAGGAGCUAUUUCAACCUACAACUCGGACGAAGAUAUAUCAGACUAGAGGAGAGAAGAGAAGACAAAAUCAGAAGAGAAACAGAAUAGAAAGUACCAACCAGACUAAACAACUGAUAAUGGACCAGGAGAAAGAUUGCGAGAUUCAGUCAUGGAUAAAGAAGGAGGAUCCAUCACGUAUAGUUCGGAAGGAAGGAGUAAUUUGUCGUACAUGGAGACCCAAGGACUCACCAAGUACCACAUAUGAACAGAUUGUUCUACCAGCACAGUAUCGGAAUAAAGUCAUCAGAUAUGGAAUUCCUGAAGAAAUAUUGACAGAUCAAGGUUCAAAUUUCACAUCAAGCUUGCUGGGAGAGCUAUAUCAUCUCAUGGGGGUCAAAGCAAUCAAGACCAGUCCAUACCAUCCACAGACCGAUGGCCUCGUGGAACGAUUUAAUCGAACACUAAAGUCUAUGCUAAGGAAAGUAUUGGAAGGAGAGAGGAAGAACUGGGACCACAUGAUACCAUAUGUCUUGUUUGCAUAUAGGGAAGUUCCACAAUCGACUCUUGGGUUCAGUCCCUUUGAACUACUAUAUGGACAGGAGGUGAGAGGACCGUUAGAUGUUUUAAAGGAGGAAUGGAUCCACAGCACAGAAAUCGAAACAGAUAUACUGAGUUUUGUGAUGGAUACGCGAGAACGGAUGGAAUCUGCAAGAGAAAUUGCUGCACAAUAA